AUGGCACGUGAUUCGUCGCCAUGGAAGGCGGCAGUACUUACGGUUUUAAGCAUCCUUUGCCUCAGUUUAACUCUCGUAACCUCCGGAAAAGCUGCGGCAAAACCCGCUCCCAACGACAGUCAAAGUGGCUUCACAGCGUAUGGCGAACCAUGUUCGGGAGACACUUGUGCUUUCGACGACACCUAUGUGGGCGACGACAUACACAGAUUCUGCAUUGUACCGGGUGCAGGGGGCGGUAGAGCGGUACAGCUGGUGCGUCCAACGGAUAAUCACCUGGGAUUGGAAAUUGUCGAGGAAGGAAUGCAACUGUUGCGCUCAAUACCGAAGCCAAUCGCCAUCGUGACAGCAAUAGGCAGUUUCAAGACUGGAAAAAGCUCGCUUCUUAACGUUCUGAAUGAACACGUCUUGUGCGCAAAGGGCGACCAGGUGGAGGGUUUCCAAGUUAGCGAUUCCAUCAAUGCGACGACACGAGGGAUAUGGAUGUGGUCGAAACCCAUUGAGAUAGAGUCAAGAGUUCUGAAAGAGCAUGUAGACGGAGGAAGGACGUCGAAAACAACUGUAUUUGACCAUCUGAUAACCGUGAUGGACUCGCUCAUGGGAGGAACACUACGUGCUAAGCUGACGGCAAAAGACCGUGCCGACCUCUCAAAAUGUGCGAUCGACAGGGUCAAUGUUGUGUUACUCGAUGCGGAAGGUUUUAACUCUACAGACGGAUUCCAGCGGUAUGACGAGGCAUUGUUCACACUGGCGGCGACCUUGAGCACCGAACUCAUAUACCUGACGCAUAAGGUUAUAGAUUCCAGAGAUCUUUUAGACCUGCAACACAUGCUGCAGACUGCCAACUCAACGCUGGUUAAUAUAUACAGAUCGUUGUCAAAUGCACCAUGCGUGGUAAUGGAAGAGGGAAAUUAUGCGCACAAACAUAAUGGCGUGUCGGUGAUUCAACAGGCAGGUAUAGCCGAGGAAACAGGCUCGGAUGCCUGCAAGUCAAUCACGAGCGUCAGUAGAACUGCUUCGGAUGAGCGCCUCGGUGGAGGGCUGCUCGAUCUCCAGACGCGUACCACGCUGACGAUGUCAGUGCAAGGAUUCAAUUUGCAGCUCCAACAAUCCGCACUGGAUUACAUAAAUGCAGUAAUAAAUGUGAAACGGUUCGAUCUGUCGUAUAACGACCAGAAGUCGUUUCUAGCGAACUUGUCUCAAAUGAGGGAGCAAUUCCUGCGCUUUUUCAAAGCCGACAGGGUGUCGAGGGGAUCGACAUACACCACAGAGCAGUUGGCUGACGACCUAAUCUCCAGGAUGACUUCAGAAUAUAAAUAUGUGAUACCGAAUGUUUUCGGCGCAAUCGACGCAUUACUAAUGUCGGCUCCAUCAACAAGUGGCAAAACUCCAAAGAAAUGCGAGCUCCCCCGCGGAUAUUUAGAGCAGGUAUUGAACUAUAAACUGCGGUUAUUCACACGAUGCCUGGUCUAUCCCAAGACACGUUUUUCGUUUGUGUUGAAUGACACCGUUCUUAUGGCCGGUGAUGACGUUGGCGAUCUCCUGGAUCACCUAGUUCAGACUCUGAAUGACUCACUGAAAGCCGGAUCUGUGGACUACAAAGGUGACUUCCGGUUGACACGGGCGAACCUGGUGAGGAACGACCUUGUUGAUCUGUACGCUCAAGAGCUGGGAGGAUUCACGCGCAAACUACCAAUCCCGCUUGCUACUGAAUUAGAUGACUUUAAUGAAGUGACAAAAACCAAGUACCUCCAACUCAUUGAAUUGUAUGCGAGUUACGACAUCAGUCCAGACCAGUACCGUGCCUUAAAGACAGAUUUCGAAGGACGGUUGUCAAAGCUGAUGGAAUAUUUCGACCAUGAGCUUCAUGAAAUCACCUUGAAACACUGCCGGUCCGUCCUACCGCAUGUUAAAAAUGCCAUACGGGAGCUCGUGGCGCAAGUAAAGUUACCCGUGUUGCCCUCGGUGAUAGAAGACCUCGAACGCAAGAGGCUGGAUAUUCUGGAUGUAUUUUUUAAAACAGUGGACGCCAAUGGAGUUCAAUAUUCCACAACCGCAGCAUCCAAAGAGGUAGCCAUUGAGGUUGUGGAGUUUAUCGAUACUCAUAUACGUGACCUAUAUAGGGAAAACGAGUCGGAAAUCAAUGCUCUUUUCCAGGAAGGUACUCGGCGAGCAAUCGAGCUUUUCAUCAACAACUCCGAUCGUAAUGCUGUGGAGAAGUACCGCAUCAGUAACACGGAGUUUGUUGAAAGCAUAAACGCUUGGACGGGAGACUCUUAUGCAACCUACUACCAAGUUGUAGGGGAAUUCAAGGAUAUGGAUGACAUUAACCAACGAUCCCUGGACUUUCUGGGGAAACAACUGUCCCAUCUCGAGAAGGAAUGCACGGACCAUUGGAAUGACGUAUGCCAAAGCUCUCUGUCGCAAAUAAUGCAUCGGUUCAAAAACACAUUCGAUGCACAGUUGCAACAGCUUGUGCCAUUUAGGCCUGCGCCAAAGCCGAUAUUAAGGAUCGCCAUAGAGUACAUUCGGGUGCGUGGAUGGAGUGAGAUUACCGAGUUGCACUGUGGCACAUCCCAAGUAGUGCGCAAGACGCAGCCGAUUUUCAACCGCAUGGUCGACGAUAUCGGCCAGAAUGCAGUGAAAAGCAACGAUGACGCAGUGUUCAGACACUUCCACAAGGAGUUUAGGAUCAUGUACGAGGAGGCCUUGGAACGUGUCGAGCAUGUCUACCACUUCUACCAGCUUAAAAAGCACAUGCAUUGGUACGCCAAGCGGCAUGUGUUUGCGCACAUAAAGAUUGUAGAUAAGCUCCUACGACCCAAAAGAGCUCUGGAAGAACUGAAGAAGAAUGUGGAUGUCGAUUUGCUGAAAAAGAUAACGGACGCGAAACUGCUCCGGGAGGCGCAAUCAAUGCUGAGUAUCGGAAGCGUAGACGCAUCAAAGACGGCUACAAUUGAUGCUGCAAUCUUGUUAGAGGAUGUAGUUGAGCAGUGGCUGUGCGAAAGACUCUACCCGCGUAUACGAAACGCUCUGAUGAUUCGCAUGCCACAACUGUCGACCUUCUUUGCCAUGGCAGCUGUCUUGGUAUGCUCUUCGCUCAUGUUCAAUGUGCGAAAUGCUCGUCUGCUCUAUUUUUUAUGCUGCCUUGACACCGUUGCUUUUGUGCACAUGAUGGGGCUACGUCGAGUCAUGUUGUUAAUCGGCAUGGCUGCGCGAUGGGCUAAGAACCUUUUGGCAGUGGCCAUCGCUAAGGGUCGCUCCUCUGGCGCCAGGUAA